UAUGUACUCUUAAGGUCCUUAAUAUCCAAAUUCUAAGUUCAAAACCUAACUUUGUAGACAUUUUAGUAUUGAUUUAAUAUUAAUCUAAAUAGCCUAGAAUGGUGUUUGUGCUUUAGCAAUAAGAUGUUAAUUUGCACAUGGACCAUAAGAACUUCGAUAGAAUGCUUAACAACCACAAAGUUUCCCAGAGUAAACAAUCUAAACAAAUGCAUAUAAUAAAGUAUAGGGAAUCAACCCUAUGAUAGUAAAUUACAAAAGUAAUAAUAUUAAGGAUUAAUUAAUAUAGCAUAAUUAUGUAAGCAUUUUAAUCCUUAAACUGGGUAAUGUAAAAAUGGUCCUACAUGCACAUUUGCACAUGGUGAAAAUGAGUUAAAUACAAUGCCACAUUUACAGAAUUAAUAUUUGUAAUACUUUUAUUUGAUUAUUUUCGAUUAGAUUGAUGUAAUAACAGAUGAAAUAAAUGAAUUAAUAAUAAAUGUAGGCAGAAUUAACAUAAUAAAUAUUAGUGAUGAUUUUAACAAAUAUGGAACAUAUAUUUCCAGGAUAACAAGUACGAAAUACUUUUUAAAUGUAGCAAAUUAUUGCAUUGCUGAAACAGGGAUAAGAGAAAGCAAAAUCAGGAGAUACAUAAGGAGCAAGUGAAAUUAUUAAACUUAUUAUACAUGAUUAAGAUAGAUCAAAAGAAGAGAAAUAAUAAUAUCAAUAAAUUUAUAAUAAUGCUUAAAGGCAUUAUGAUUAAAAAUUGAAAGAUAUUUAAUCUUCAUAAUAGUAGUAAUAAUAGCUUUAUUGA